AUGGCCCAGUCGGGCAGGAAAAAGUCUCGCAAUGGCUGCACAAACUGCAAGAGGAGACACGUCAAGGUUGGUCACCGACCUUCAAUGUACUCGGCGCCAACCAAUGACUUUGAACCAUUCUACAGUGCGACGAACGAACACCCUGUGCAAAUUGCAUCCGGCGUGGCGAACAGUGCAGUCUCCUUCUGCCUCGUUGCCCUUCUUCUCAUGCACGGUAUCCUCGGCCUAUCCGCCCUUCACAAAGCGCACGAGAGACCGGCGGAAGCCGUCGUGUACAUACAACUCUGCGACAAACAUCUAGCCAAGACACUUGAGGGUUUCCGAACCAUGCUCUCGACCGAUAUUGCUCCUGAAGCCAACGGCGCGUUAUUUGCCUGUUCCUGCGUGCUUUCCAUCUCGUCGGUAGCGAGGUCAUGCCUGACGACGUCUGCGUUACCAUCAACCCAGCAACACCUCACUAUGGGACAAGUUGCUGAGCUUUUCAUGCUGACAAGAGGAGUGUCGGACAUGAUCUCUCUCUACAAAGAAUGGCUCAAGGCAGGCCCAUUCGGUCCUAUAUGCUGGGCAUUGGAUGUGCCCUCCCAUGAAGGCGUACAACUCUCGCAACCAGUACAGAAGCAAUUUGAUGCGUUAUACGGUAUGCUUCGAAGAUGUCGCUCUCCUGCCGAUAGGAUGGACUGUGAAAUGGCACUGCAGAGUCUAGAAGAUGUUUAUCGAUUCCUUCUUUCCGUCCGACAAGGGUCUUGUUCAGAGCUGGGAAUCCUAGGACGAUGGGCGAUGACGCUUCCUAUUGGGUUCAUCAAAAUGGUUUCAGCCUGCUCCCCUCCGGCCCUAAUAAUCCUCUCGCAUUUUGCGGUCGCGACACUCGCCUUUCGUGAUGCAUGGUAUGCAGAGAAUUGGGGACGUUUUGUCCUGCGAGGGAUCGAGAAGGCAUUACAUGAGAGCGGCAUGGAUCGAUGGCUGGAUUGGCCAGUCGAACAAGCUGCGAACAUCAUGUGUGAACCUGGACUCUCGCUUCCGUGUUUAGAGCCCGGGGUCUCCACUACACGUCGUUUCCGAAUAUGA